AUGUCGCUUCCUACACACUUCACUCUCAAUACCGGUGCCAGGAUUCCUGCUGUGGGAUUUGGCACAUGGCAGGCCCCCAAUGAUGAGGUUGUUCAGGCCGUCAAGACGGCCCUCAAGACUGGCUACCGCCACAUAGAUGCAGCAGCUAUCUACCGCAACGAGGCAGCCGUAGGCGAAGGAAUUAGGCAGGGCGGCGUCCCUCGUUCCGACAUCUUCAUCACAGGCAAGCUUUGGAACACAAAGCAUGACCCGAAAGAUGUCGAGGGCGCCCUGGACAAGACGCUCAAAGAUCUUGGAACAGACUACUUGGACCUCUUCCUCAUACACUGGCCAGUUGCAUUCGAGUCUAGCGACAAAUGGUUCCCAAUCGACGAACAAGGCGUGUUCAAGCUCGCAGAUAUCGACCCAGCCGCCACGUAUACCGCGCUGGAGAAGCUGCUAGACACUGGGAAAGUGCGCGCAAUCGGCGUCUGCAAUUUUACGGUCAACAAGCUCAAGGACCUCAUCUCCAAGACGAAAGUCGUUCCCGCAGUCAACCAGAUCGAGGCUCAUCCAUACCUCCAACAACCUGAGCUUGUGGAGUUUUGCCGGUCAAAGAACAUCUUGAUUGAAGCAUAUUCGCCUCUAGGGAACAACCAGACGGGAGAGCCUAAGGUUGUGGAUGAUGCCUCUGUGAAGGAGCUGGCCAGGCAACAAGGCCUCGAUGCUGCCCAACUCGUCCUCUCAUGGGGUGUUCAGAGGGGCACUGUCGUGUUGAGCAAGAGCGUGACGCCAAGCCGGAUCGAGUCGAAUCUCAAGGUGGUGCAGCUACCAGAAGACAUUUUCCAGAAAGUGACUGCCCUGGAGAGGCACAAGCGCUUCAAUGUCCAAUCGAGGUGGGGAUACGACAUCUUUGAGGAGAUCGGAGACGCUGAGGUCAAGAAAAUCGCCAAAGAUGCCGGUCCAGAGAACUUGACGAAAUUCAAUGUGUAG